AUGGGAGGCAAUCUUACGCUGAACGAGGGCUUCUUGCACAAUGCAUCCAGGACCACCAACCAAACCACAGAUCCAGAAAAAUGGAAAGUCCUCAUGUAUCAGAUCCCCGUGCCGCUGGGAGAUUGCUCAAUAUAUGUACUCAUGUACGACGACGUUAUACAAAAAUGCUUCAUCAUGGACGGAGGGACAAGCAGUGCAGGGUCCGACGCUGCAAAGCAGAUCAUGGACGCUUGGACCGUCAUCCAGGAGGAACUCAAAGACAAUCUCCCGUGCCCUGACAAGAACCAACAUCCUCUCAGAUUCGAUUCGUGGGUCGUAACUCACUGGGACCCAGACCAUUGGAGAGGUGUUGCCGAUUUGAUUGGCUCGCCCCAGGGGAACAAUGGGGGCAAAAGUAUUGGAAAGUAUUUCACGGAUGCGCGGACCCUCAUUGCAGGAGCCCCUUGCGAUGCAGUCCUGUGGAAAAAGGCAAAGGGCGAAAAACGUACCGACGCAGCAAAAAUCAAAGCUAGAAAACACUUGGAUUUUGAUCUGCGUGGCAAUUACAUGCGCCAUAAUUUGAUAGGCAGAGACCUCUUUAGCCCGGAGGAUCAGUACACGAAGGACGGCUCUGGCAAGUUGAAGUGGGCUGGUGAUCAGGGUAGGCCUCGAUUCGUCUGUUUAGGUGCUGGUGGCUACUGCAUCGGCAAAAACGGCGCAUCCAACGAUGACCCUUCACGGAACGAAGUCUCGAUUCUAUUGCUCCUGUACUGGCCAUCUACCAAUCGAGCAUCCUACUGGACCGGCGGCGAUGGAUUCCCCUCGCUUACCCAGCAUCUCGCUGAAAACAUCUUUGGCAAGGCAGGAUUCUUCGACAAGCCUAUCAAAGUGGUCAAGCUUGACCAUAACGGGUCAUCCAGAGAGUUUUCUAAUGUCGCCAAUACCAACAAUAUCUCGUCAACUUCCAUGGAGGAGCCUUUCUUCACAAUGACAGCCAAGGCAAAUCCGUCAAAGGUUAUCGUGACUCCCGGUGACGACUACGGGCAUCCUUGCUGGGAUGUUGUCCUGUUCUGGUAUUGCUGGUGCCAGAAUCGGAAAGCCAUGCCUGCGAACGAUUAUUCGGCAUCCAAGAAAGCUCCAAAGAAAAAGCUCAAGACUGCUGACCCGCCCGACCCAAGGAUGAAAAACCUUAUGGUGGUUUCAUAUUGUGCAGAUAUUUUGUAUACCACAAAGACACCAUAUUGGAUGGCAAAUCUCAAAGUCGGCCAGAAGGACGUAAACAUCACGGAUGGUCGUGCGAAGCUUGCCGAUAAGAUCAUCCAGGAAUAUUUGACGCACAAUGACGACGUUACAAUGAUGAACCUGUACAGAGAACUGUGGCUAACACCGCGGGAUUUGCAUCAUCGAAUCAAGCCAAAUUUCGACCGGGAUAACGACCCUAAAGCCUACGACUUGGCCCUCAAAAAUCCUGAGUCUCACGAUGUCAUAUACGACAGGGAAGACAUCGAGCAAGAAACUCGAGAGACUCUUGCCGACAUGACUUGCGAAUGGUGGAACUGGCUAUCACCGUAA